AUGAGGAAUAAGGUUGACAUUGGACCAUUAACCUUCUCAUUGAGUGUUAUAGAUGAGGUUUUAACAUUGCGCAAAGUGGAAGCUCUCAUGCUUAUUUAUGUCCUAUUGUUGAAUGAGGAAAAAAUCAGGAAGAUCAAACGAGAUGACAACAAUGAUGUAAAAGCAGAAAAGAGAAUUGUUGUAGAUGGAUUAGGACACGAACCUCCAAAUGCAAUGAUAAUUCUUAAAUUUAGAAGCGAAUAG